GUUACCUUAUGCUGUAAGUCCCGUGCGCGCGCCAGGCCGCUUUUACCGGUUGUGUAUGAGCGGUAGAGAUUAUCCGUAGUGCAGAGCGUGUGACAGGAGGAGCUUGUGCGCACUAUGGCGAUUCCCUUUGUGGAGGACUGGGAUUUGGUGCAGACGUUGGGAGAAGGGGCUUAUGGAGAGGUCCAGCUGGCAGUAAACCGGAUCACAGAGGAAGCUGUUGCAGUGAAGAUUGUUGAUAUGACCCGAGCAGUUGAUUGUCCGGAAAAUAUUAGGAAAGAAAUUUGCAUCAAUAAAAUGUUGAAUCAUGCAAACGUGGUGAAGUUUUACGGACAUCGCAAGGAAGGCAACAUUCAGUACCUGUUUCUAGAGUAUUGUCGAGGGGGUGAGCUAUUCGAUCGAAUUGAGCCAGAUGUUGGGAUGCCUGAGAAGGAUGCUCAGAAGUUUUUCCAGGAGCUCAUAGCUGGGGUGGAAUAUUUGCACAGCAUUGGAAUAACGCACAGAGACAUAAAACCUGAAAAUCUUCUUUUGGAUGAACACGAUCAUCUAAAACUUUCAGAUUUUGGAUUAGCAACUGUGUUCAGACAUAAUGGAAAAGAGAGGUUACUGAGUAAAAUGUGUGGGACGCUGCCAUACGUAGCUGCAGAACUAAUCAAAAGGAAAGCGUUUCAUGCAGAGCCUGUGGAUGUCUGGUCCUGUGGGAUAGUGCUGACGGCCAUGCUAGCAGGAGAAUUGCCGUGGGAUCAACCCACUGACACGUGCCAGGAAUAUUGUGACUGGAAGGAGACAAAGCACUACCUGACUCCCUGGGCAAAGAUAGAUUCCACCCCUCUUGCUUUGCUGGGCCGGAUGUUAACGGAAAACCCAUCCAGCAGGAUUACCAUCCCCGAAAUCAAAAAGGAGCGGUGGUUCACAAAAACAAUAAAAAAAGGUAUAAAGAGAAGUCGUUUGUCCUCUGGAGGAGCAGCUGAAACAGAUGGAUUGUUGUCUAAACAUUUCCGAUCUGAUACAGACAUUACCCAGAUCUCUCACAGUGAAGAGAAGGUGAGAUUUUCCAGCACACAGCCAGAGCCACGCACUGCGCAGACCUGGGAUGGCCCUUCUCUUAUCGAUAAGCUUGUACAGGGAAAGGGAAUCAGCUUCUCGCAGCCAGCCUGUCCAGAGAAUAUGCUUCUCAGCAGCCAACUGAUUGGCACGCCGGGAUCCUCCCAGAACCCGUGGCAGCGCCUGGUUAAGAGGAUGACGCGCUUCUUUACUAAGGUGGAUGCGGAGAGAUCUUACAGCAGUCUGAAGAAUACAUGUGAAAAGCUUGGUUAUUCCUGGAAGAAAUGUUGUGCUAACCAGGUGACACUUUCCACUAUGGACAGAAGAAAUAACAAGUUAAUAUUCAAAGUGAACCUGGUAGAAAUGGAAGAGCGAGUUCUGUUGGAUUUCCGACUUUCAAAGGGAGACGGCUUGGAGUUUAAGAGGCAUUUCUUGAAGAUCAAGAAGAAAUUGGAUGAUAUAGUUGUUACCCAGAAGGUAUCGCUGCCGACUACAUGACUGGUCCCUUGAGGAGCUUUUGGAAAAGUAAUUCUGCUGCACUCAACACACCCGGACAGUUUAACUCCUGUGCAGGUUGUUGUUCACCCACAAGUCUACAACUUUUUUUUUUUUUUAAGCAGUGUAAACCAUUGGUGACCACAAAAGUGGGUGUACGUGACGACGGCUGAGCCCAGCGACACGUCAGCAUUUGGCGGCUCAGGAGGUGGAGGCGUGUUAAUUUUUUUAGGAAGCACAAUUGUAUUAAUGAAUGCAGAUCACAUUUUUUAAGCACUUCAUUUUUUUUCCACUUAUACUUUUUUCUAUUAGCCAAAAAAACAACAAUCAUUGUUCAUUGCACAAUUUUUGGGAUUGAUUUUACAAAGACGCAAAUGAUACCGAAGUAAAACGAUCAUUGCUAGUUAUGGAAUAAAAUCUGUUAUGCAGAAAAAUCCGGAACUGUAACUAGUGAACGUGCUCAUUUUAGGGCACAUUAUUUGUGUUUCAGAAACUGAUUGUAACUGGAGCAAAUCCCUAUAGAAAGGCUAAUAUAUAUAUAUAUAUAUAUCUAUCUAUCUAUAUCUAUAUAUAUAUAUAUAUAUCUAUAUCUAGCUGUAAGUAUCAUAUAGACUAGCUGUAAGCAACAUAUAGGAGUUUUGAUAAAUAAAAAACAUAGGUAUUUAAUGAAUACUAAUAAGAUAUCACAAAGAUUCCUGUAAAACCUCAGGGACGUCAUUGUGACGAUUUAACUCUCGUAACCAGAGGAUGAAACUUUAAUACCUGUAUUAGGAAAUUCAUUAUCCAGUUUUUCAAUGUCCUGAUGUUUUAUUUGUCCAUCCUGGUAAUUCUCCUGACGCGGUCUCUUCUCAUUAAGUAACCUCACAAUAUUUCAAAAAUAUAUUUAGUACUGUUCACGUAUGGUCAGAUUAAUAUGUAAAAAAAAAAAAAAAAGUUUUAAAAUAUUUUGUAAAUUACCAGUAACUUUUUUUUUUUUUUGUGAUAAAAAGUAAAAUUUUCAAAAAAUAAAGCAGAGAAACUGAUUUUAUUCUUAA